UUCAUCGUAGCCAGACUGGAACGAGAACCCGGGUGUUGAUCAACUGAACUGAAACGAACGCAACUGUCGCUCAGAGGAACGGCUGCAUUGUAGCCUACUGUGAUCCGUUAGAAUUAGUCUCAAAACCCAUAGAGACAAUCGUGAAUAAGUACGUUAAUAAAACAGAUAACAGAAAAGAGUGCGCCGAUUGACGACCACCUGAUCUCAACUGUACGACAAAAAGGAAUUUGGCAGUUUACCUAGGCUACAUUUUACUGUGUAAUUGGAGAAAAUCGUCAUAUUGAAUUCUGCAAUCCGGACUACUAAUAUUCAAGUUCAACAUAAUUAAAGAAAAUUAAUUUUUCUUUUUUUUUCUUUUCAUAAAAUGAAGCUGUAAAUGAAGACCACGCUGUUGUAUUUCUAAGACGCACAUUCCGAAGAAAAGUAGCAACAUCCUCACAAAGUGGAACAUUGGGCACUUUCGAUAAUGCAUUUAUAGUUCAUAAACUGAACGUAAAUUAAGUCUUUACUGCAUGUUAAACCUCGUUAUCCAGUGUUUUUCUUCAAUUUGAAGCUUUUGCAACGCCGGUAGUCCACUUGGUCGUUUAUUUACGGAGGCUCGAAGAAAAAAAGGAGGUCAACAGGUUUCCCACGAAAACUGCGUCGAAAUACUUUUUAACUACAGACGUGGAUUUCCUGGAAUUCUUCACGGAUUAAUUCCUAGGAUAUAAAAGACGGUUAUUUUGAAAAGACACUUGCUAAAAUUAAGCACAUUAUUUGGAUGUUUGCAGGGGACUAACGCGCGCGUGCCUUUGCGUGAGAGGUCCGCAGAGCGCCGCUGUCCUCGUGCUGAAGUGCUGCGCAGCGCCCGCCUCGCGCCUCCAUAAAUGCACAGUCCGUCGCGGAGUCUCGAGGCUGGGCGGCACGAUGAGCUCCUGGGUUCUGCUGCUCUGGACGCUUGCGGCAUGUGUGCGGUUCGCUUGCACCGAGGGGGACCCUCUGCCUCCUGCCCUGGUGGAACUGGUGAGGACCAGUUCCAUCUCCUCCAUUCAGGACCUGCAGCUGCUGCUGGAGCCUGACUCCGUAGACGAGGACCCAGACAGUCAGACAUCCAAGCGUCGCCACGCCAACGGCACUUCCAAGCGCCUUCCCAGAAGCCUCGUGGCGGAGGAGGCGCAGCAGGCCCGCUGUAAGGUGCGCACGGAGGUGCUGGAGGUGACGCGGGACAUGCUGGACCGGCGGAACGCUAACUUCAUGCUGUGGCCCCCCUGCGUGGAGGUGCAGCGCUGCUCCGGCUGCUGCAACUCCAGGACCGUGCAUUGUGUCCCCAUCGUCACUCGCACCCGAUACCUGCAGGUGAUGAAGAUCCAGUACAUCAAUAGGAACCCUCACUACGAGAAGGCCAUCAUCUCCGUCCAGGACCACAUGGACUGUCGCUGCCAGACCACGGCCCCGCCCCCGGCCCCGCGGACCACGCCCAGGAAGCCCCAGCAUGCAGUGCAGCCCCAGCGGCCGGCCCCCAAAGCCCCGCCCCUCAAAACGCUCUCCAAGGAGGAGCUGCACCGGGAGGACGAGCUGAAACAGAACCAGAACCGCAACCAGAACCCCAGCCUCCGGCCGGCCAAUCGCGUCCCGCCGCGCCCGCCCACCGCACAGACGCACGCGCACACCAGCCCCUCGCCCGUCAGCGAGGAGAGGGCCCCCACGGAGCCGCCGCGGGGCGAGGAGGGGAGGGAGCCCCGGCCCACACAGGACGCGCUCCAGGGGGACAGGACCCCGGGCCAUCGCCGCGGAGACGGCAGCGCAGUGCGGCCCCACGGGGAGCACAGGCCACACACGCACCCCCACGGGCUGAACCCCCACGGGCUGAACCCCAAUAUCACCUCCCAUCACAGCGCCCCACAGAGACCCACAGAGGGGGAGCACAGGCCACACACACACCACACACAGGCCGUGUCUCCUCCCCAGCAGGGCGGCGUGCCGCACAACCACGAUAACAGCCAUAAUGAUAGCCAUAACCACAACCACAAUCAAAACCACAACCACAAUCAUAGCCACAGCCACAGCCACAGUCACAGUCAUGACCAUAACCACGACUGCAAACACAACCAAACAGAGGCGACGGAGCAAAGGCAACCGGCAGUCGGGCCGCACAGAGACAGAGAGCUUCCUGGAACAGAGGGAGGCCGAGAACAGCGGCUGAACAUACAGGAGGAACAAGAACUUUUACUGCUCCAAAGAAAACUGGACCAGGAAAAAGAACAAUUAAAGCAACAAGAAGAGUUACAGCGACAUCAUCAUCAACAACAACAUCAUUUACAUCAUCGAGGGCAGGUCCACACAACCACACAAAGACCAGUGACCACGACGGCGGCGCUGACCGCGGCGCUGACCACGGAGCGCCCGCCCCCGACCCGGCGGCCCCCCGCGCGCCGCGGAGGGACGCGCCGCAGGCCGCGCAAGAACCGCCGGAGGAUCAGCAAGGCCACCAUGAGGGCCAUGCUGAUGUAGAGAGGGCGGGCACGGGGUGAUAAUAUGGACCUUUCUCCUUGUUGCACAUCCAAAAGUGACCCUGAAAUAUAAAAAAAAAUUGUCUUGUGGAUGGACAAUAGCCUCUCCAUUUCUCUGCAAUUGCGGUUGUUGAUAUUCAGAACCUAUUUUCAAUGGUUUACAUCUUCGGAUUAUAGAUUGUACGCUCUGACACAUGCGACGACAACAGCAAUAAGAGCCCCAAUAACUGUCUGACCAAGAAACAAGCGCGCCUGAGAGGAAAAAUUGAUUUUCAAACUGCACUAAAAUACUGUCAAUUAAUGUAAGGCGCAUGUCUUUGAUAAAGGAGUAGCACAGAACUACAGCCCCCAUCAGCCACUGCGCUUUUGAGCCGCUGGACUCUCGGAAGCUGAUUGGACGCGGGGCUUUCGGACGUCCCGUAGGACUGGGCAGCCUGUGCUUUGCGGCCUUCACUGGAGGAAGAAAUGAGGCGAUGAGGAGAGGCUGAUAAACUCAUUGGGGGUUGUCCCACCCAGCUGCCGUCCUGAUCCGACCCCCACGGAGGACCUCAGACUUCUAUGGUGCCUGGAUAUGAAGCUCGCCGUUGUGCUGCAAACAAAGGAGGCCUCUAACUCCCACACCUCAUGACUGUGCUGGCCUUUGACUGGGUUUGCAAAAGAGGUGGUUUCCUCAGCCCCCUACACGCCAUACACUGAACAAUCCGUCACUGAGCGAUAUCAGUUGGAUGUGGAACAUCGAGAGUCAUGCGAUGUCACGCGGGUGACCAUGCAUCCUUGUGGGACUUGCGUCAAUCACAAGUGGCCGGACUGAACUGGACUGGACUGGUUUGGGCCGGAUCGGGCUGGAAUGAGCAGAACUGUCCUACUCACGGGUAGAUGAGCUAUGCCCAUGUGGGGAGUCAGAGAAAGUCAAACCUGCUGAAUCACAGGGCCUGGGAGCGAGAGUGACCCAGGCUAAAAGCACUGAAAACCAAAACUCAGGACUGAAAAGAGCAAGAGCCCACACAUGUACAUAACCACACGCAUCAUUUGCUCAAUAAUGUAUAGUGAUAUAUAUAUAUUUUUUGGUUAAUAUAUUUUUUAUUUAAUUUAAGCUCGACACUGGAUCUCCCAAGGAUUGCAUUCUAACAGUUCAAAAUGAGAGGAAAAAGAAGAUUAGAGGGUGAUUGCACUGGUCUAAUUAGUGAACACGUUUGCCAAACUUUUAAAGUCGACACAGUAUUAAAUGCAGCACUGGAUGCCACGGUGGACAGUGUGAUUGAGGGCAAAUCACAGGUGUGCGCUUAGUAAGAGUGCAACUGUACAUUAGCAUCUGCCUUCAUCAGGGUCUUUGACCCAUAACGUAUUCGGAGAAGGAAUGUCUCAGCUGAAUUAAGCUUGAAUAUGCGUUUGAAAUGACUGCACCUUUUUGCUGCUGACUAUGCAGUACAAUGUCUUUACAUGAACCCCAAUAAAACAAAAAAAGGAAGUAAGGAAGUUACAGCCGAAGAAGUAGUCACGAUAGCAGUGCUUUCUGUAGAAUUAUUGAUAUUUCCUGGUUACCACAGAAGUAGGACAAAGCUCAGUGUUUUCCAAAUCGACCCAUUUUCUGAGGGACCAGGAAAGAGUCUAAAAUUCAGCACACUGGAUCCAACAGCAAAAGGCAGACUACUAAUGUACAGCCCUGUGUCAGUGAUGGCCAUCGCCAAGCAACACACUUUACAGCAGGGAUAUUCAAACCUGACCCUUUAGGUCAGUAGUACGACUGGUUUCCUCAUCUGCCUGAUAGUCCUGUGAUCCAAUAAUGCCACUGAUUGGCCAGAGAUUCAGAUUACACGUACCUGCUGCAUCAGGUUUAAAUAAAUCUGAUAAGAGGAAAGAAUGAAAACCAGCAGCACUACAGUUUUGAGUAUGCCUGCUCUACAGCAUCCGUGACAGUAUGAUGAUAUAUUAAUAAACUCACUGUUUAGAAGAGGGGGAAAAAAACACAGCUGGAAGCCGUGUAAUAUUCCUGCUGCUGUACACCGCAGUAAGGCAGGGACUGGAGCCCUGUCAGUUUUCAAACUGUGGGUCCAGUGCGGAAGCUCUCACCUAACGAGGCUGCGAUGUUCUGUCCUGCGCUGCCGUAAACGCCGUGAGAGAACUGGGAAUGAGCCGAUUUAUAUUUUUAAACUCCGCGAAAGGUCACAUACUACUGAAGCGCCGCUGCGGUACCGCGGCAGUAGCACUCGGAGUCUCGCGCGACUCUUUCCCGUCCUUUACGGGUUUCUGCUCGGGGAAGACGGAGGCGCCGGGGCAACCAGUUGGAACUAAACACCAGACAGUGCUGAUUGUCUGAAAUCGCCACGGCGGUUAGUGUCUUACCGCCGGGUUGGGAGCCCUCUCUAAGCCGAUCAGAAAAGCAAGGGGGCUGGAAUCUCAACCGUUUGAGCUGAGAGCAACCAUAAGGUCAAAACAGUUAGCUAGCCUAGCACUGUAUGUAAAUGUUACAGAAUAUUUUCUCUGCAUAUUUUCUUAAGUUAUUUAAAAGGUGGUCACUGUAUCUCCUGUCGCGACUGUAAUUAAUUGUUGUCUUUUGAUUAAUGUAUUGUUUUUAUUACAAUGAAUGAUAUUUUUAAUGUUAUCAUAAAGCCAGACAAAUAUUAAUAUAAA